AAAUAGCGGCCACCGCAGACGGCGACGGCUGUGCAGCCAUGGAGAGGUACAGGGGACGCGUCGCCAUGGUGACUGGCGCCAGCGCGGGCAUCGGCGCCGCCAUCUCGCAGGCCCUGCUCAGGGAAGGGCUCACCGUCGUGGGCGUGGCCCGGAGGGCGCACAAGGUUAAGGAGUUGGAACUGAAAGAUGCACCGGGCAAACUGCACGCCAUAGAAGGAGAUGUCAGUAGUGAGGAGAGCAUCAUGUCCGUCUUCAGGUGGAUUAAAGACAACCUGGGUGGCGUCGACGUACUCAUCAACAACGCUGGCGUCUCAGCAGAAGCACCUCCGUCUUCUGGCAAGACUGAAGACUGGAAGCACAUCAUGGACGUGAACGUGCUGGGUCUGAGCAUCUGCACCAGGGAGGCCGUGCAGGACAUGCUCAACAGGGGCGUCGACGACGGCUUCAUCAUCCACAUUAACAGUUUGGCGUGCCACCUUCCCACAUUCGACGAGCUGUACGCCAUGUACUGCGCCAGCAAAUACGCCGUCAAGGCGAUGCUCGACGGACUGCGCCUCGACCUGGUCACUAGGAAGAGCAACAUCCGUGUCGGGCAAAUAUCUCCUGGCGUAGUUAUCACGGAAAUUUUUGACAAUUUGACAAAACUCUCCAAAGACGCAGCCCUGGCGAUGGCGCACUUGCUACCAGAGGACGUGGCAGCGGCCGUGGUGUACAUGCUGUCCCAGCACCCGCGCGUGCAGAACGACGCUGUUUAAUUGCUCAAGUGGGUCCCAACACACGCUGAUCGACUCGUGCCCACGCUGGUAUCGAUGACAAGCUCCGGCGACAGUGCCUAAGAUUAAAAUUGCAAAAACUGGCGCGCUACGUGGAUGUUCAGAUACUGCAUAAGAUGGGGUGAGAGUACGCUUACAUAAAUAUUUAGUUUCCGAAAAUACCGCAAAAACUGUUGGUAUCUAAUACGUUAAGUACGAAGCUAGGAGUGAAACGAGUGACAGAAGUGCAGAUAUUGCGUAUUAAAGCGAGAUGAUACAACUGUUCGUUGCCUCUAGAGUGUAAGGCACAACUGCUUUUCAACAUAAACUGUUGGACCAUGAACUGACAUAAAAACAGUAACUACUCUGCAAAAGAUCAGUGCUGUUUACCAGAAACGAUUUUUACAUUUUAUGGUGUUUUAAAAUACUCACUGUUCAAAAGAAAUGCACCAGCCUGGACAACAUAACGUUUAACUGUCGUCAAGUUUCGUGGAUAACAAGGGACAUUGCUUGAUGCAGAUAAUGUACUAUAAAUUAUGCUAGUCUGAAAGUGCUUAGUGCGUUAAAGAACUGUAAGUACCCCAAGGGUUAAAAAGUUCACUGAAUUGUUUCAAUUACACUUGCAUGCCUAUCAUGUUUUUCUUAGGCUAACCAGGUUCCAAAGAGAAAAAACCGGGACAGUUCUAUUUAUACUUCAUACCUAUCUUCAUCAGUACACUUACGUUUAUCUUUCUUGUCAGUCAUCGUGAUAUUUUGAAAACGAUAAUAGGCC